UUUUUUUAAAUUUUUUUUUAAAUUUUUUUCCACUUAUUUUCAGUAUUUUUUUUUUACAAAAACACUUCAUCAAUCAUUUCUUCAAUUUCCUGCUUACUCAAAUGACAGACAAUUCUGAAGUCAAAAGUGAGAAAAUGGUUCAGCCUGAGUACGUGAUUGUUGCAAAAAGCCUGGAUGAGGAGGCUGAAAGAAUUGAAUUACCUGCGGAUCAGGAUGGAUCUUUGGGAAUCCAAACGCUUGCUGGUGCUUUCCCUGGAGCACAUGGAUUGAAGUAUAAGAACCCUGCAACUGGGGCUUUUCGGGCGCUUUUGAUUGAUCCAGCUGGAACGAAAUUCUUUCCACCAGCAGAUGGAUGGGAAAAUAAAGUGUUUAUUGUCAUAUGUAAACAGCAAGAUCCAGCACCAGAAAAAGUUCAGCCCAAGAAAGGUUACUUUUUAAAGUUUUUUUUGUGUGUUUCUGAUUAAUUGGGAGAAUAUUUGAGAAACAAUUUUUUAAUAUCCAGCCUUGCAUUUGUUUCCUAUAAUUCCCAAGAACUUCCUGUAAAUGCGAGUUAGUUAUGUUUAGGAGUUGUAAAAGAUUUUUAU